GCGGGCAGAGGCUUCCUCUGAUCUAGUUCCGGUCUUGUAAACUGCAGCAAGUUCUUUCCGAGUGUGCACGGCGUAGAUCUAGGAAAAAGGCAAAGGGGAAAUCAUCAUCAGCGAGGAACAUGCCGCAGAACGAGUAUAUCGAACGACACCGUAAGCUGUACGGGCGACGAUUAGAUUAUGAGGAGAGAAAGAGGAAACGAGAGGCCCGCGAACCUCACAAACGAGCGGAGCGAGCUCGUACGUUGCGCGGGAUAAAAGCAAAGAUCUUCAACAAAGAACGGAGAAACGAGAAGAUUCAGAUGAAGAAGAAGAUCAAGUCACACAUGGAGAACAAGGUGAAGGAGAAAUCGGAUCGCGUACCGGAGGGAGCACUACCCGUGUAUCUACUGGACCGCGAUGUUAACAAGGAUGCAAAAGUAUUGUCGAACAUGAUAAAACAGAAGCGUAAAGAGAAAGCUGGUAAAUGGGAUGUACCGAUACCGAAAGUUAAAACCCAGUCGGAGUCGGAGGUAUUCAAGGUUGUCAAGAGCGGAAAGAGUAAACGGAAAUCGUGGAAGAGAAUGGUGACGAAGGUAACGUUCGUCGGCGAGAGUUUUACCAGGAAACCACCGAAAUUCGAGAGAUUCAUCAGGCCGAUGGCGCUACGUUUCAAAAAGGCGCACGUUACCCAUCCCGAAUUGAAAGCUACCUUUUGCCUACCGAUCAUCGGAGUUAAGAAGAAUCCUAGCUCGCCGAUGUACACGAGUUUAGGCGUCAUCACCAAGGGAACGAUCGUCGAAGUUAACAUCUCGGAAUUGGGUCUCGUUACGCAGUCGGGAAAAGUAGUUUGGGGAAAAUACGCUCAAGUCACGAAUAAUCCGGAGAACGACGGCUGCAUCAACGCUGUACUACUCGUAUAAACGAUGUGAUACAACAAAGUAUCGCCCGAGACGAUACACACACACUGUCCGUCGAUUGAUCGGAAUAAAAUUUGUUCGAACACGAA